UGAAGGAAAGACUCAUGCUUUGAAAGCCUCCUUUUUAGGGGGAAGAUUUGUGAUCUAGUUCAGUAUUUACUUAAGCUUAAUAUUGGCUUCUCUCAAUGGCUGUUUCCGUGAGGGUUUAGGGAUCCGAAAACCCAUUUGGAUAAAAUCAUAAAUUAUUAUUUCAUUGCCAUUGAAGAGACUGAAGGGUGUAUAUAUUAGGCUUAAUUGGGCAUAAAUUGUCGUCAACGAUGGGGUGAAAUUGGCGUUUCUCAAAUACCUAUUUAAAUGGUCUGAUCUGGCUGUCUUUGAACUGGUUAUUUUUAUGUGAUGAGGAGGUUGGAGCAUGGUUUCUGUGGCUACUGGGUUCCUGUGGUUCCUCGGGCUUCAAGAUCAGCUAGGGGGAGGGGACCAAUCAGGAAGAAAUGCGAGGAGGAUCAGAUACGUGCAUUUGAAAUUUUAGCUCGUGUAGCUGGCACUGUAUUGCAGGAGUCUGAAAACUCUGUUUCAACCAAUGCUGCUUGUGUAAAGAAUAUGCCUCGCAUUCGUAAUGCUAAUUCUAAAAGAGAUAUAGAGUGUGAAGGACGAUUGUUGAAGAAGGAUCCUUGUGGGCAGGGAAAUUGUGAUGAGAAAUCCUUUGCCUGUGUUCCAGGUUUGCAAGGGCACCAUGAAAGCUAUACACUGAAUGAGUUUUCCCAUGUUCAGGACAAUCAAGUUCUUGAGGUUGGUUCUGCAUCAAAUACUUAUGACAAGUCAGAGAUGAUAUGUUUUACCAAGAAGUUGGCUACUGUCAGUAUCAAAAAUAAUUGUGGAUCUUCCUCAAGCAGAGUAGUGGGUCACUCCCUUAGCUUUGGGGAAUUUUCUGAAGAAAACGUAGGCGUGCUUGCAAGGAAAUUAGAAGCUGAACCACAUAAAAGUAGAAGUGAAAAAAAUGGAACUCUACCUGUUUCAGACAGUUCAGAGGAUCCAAUGGAACUGGACAGGAGAUCUCUUGCUCUGGUUGGUUCAGAGUGUGAUGUAAAAGUGUCUUUGUUAAGGGACUGCUUAAACGGUACUUUACCUAGGCAUUAUGAUAAUGUAGAAGUAGUUAGUAGAGAUGAUGACGAGAACUCUGUUGGGUUUACUCAACCCAGCACCUUAUCAAUGUCCUAUAGGCCACCCCCAGAUAUUGGAGAGAGGAGAAUAAAAAAACUCUCUGCUUCCAGACAGUGGAGAGAAUCCCAGAAAUUCAAGGAUGGAAAAAUGAAGCAAAUGUGCUGCAAUAAGAGAUAUUCUCAUAUGGAUGACAGAUCACAGAAUAUCUAUCCUUUCAAGAAGAGGAAGUUCUAUAGUCAAAGCCCACUAUGCACAUCUGAUGAAGUAUUCCUCCAUGAAGGCAUGACCAAUUUUCCUGACAAGAGAAAUGGUGACAACCAAUCUGCAGGUGCAACAACGUCAACUGGAGCAUCAUCCUCAGUAACUGGUCAAGUACCUCCUGCAUCCAAGGGUUGUAAUGUGAAGCUUAGCAUAAAAUCUUUCAAGGUCCCAGAGCUCGUCAUAGAGAUUCCUGCAACUGCAACUGUUGGUUCGCUGAAGAGGACAGUUAUGGAAGCAGUGACUGCUGUACUUGGAGAUGGACUGCAUGUUGGCAUCCUGCUUCAGGGAAAGAAGGUCAGAGAUGACAGCAAAACUCUACUUCAGACUGGGAUUUCUCAAGAUCAGAAGCGUCAUAGUUUGGGUUUUAUAUUGGAGCCCAGACAUGCACAAAUCAACCCACCUGCGUCCUCUGAAGACUCUUCUUUGUUAUCUGGUGGCACUGACACUCCUCAAGGGUUAUCCAGUUGUGGUGAAAGCAAACUCAAUAUAGUUCCUUCUCUUGCUGAUAUUUCAACUGGCAAUACCAUGCCAGAGACCCAGGCUUUGGUUGCAGUUCCGACAAUCGGCAUGGAGGCAUUGGCUGUGAUUCCAUUUCAUCAGAAAUCACAUUCUGAGUUCGCACGGCGCCGAAUCAGGAGACCUUUCUCUGUUACCGAAGUAGAAGCAUUGGUUCAGGUGGUUGAGAAACUUGGAACUGGAAGGUGGCGUGAUGUUAAAUUGCGUGCUUUUGACAGCGUAAAGCAUCGAACUUACGUGGAUUUGAAGGAUAAAUGGAAGACAUUGGUGCACACAGCAAGAAUCUCCCCUCAGCAGAGGAGGGGAGAGCCUGUUCCUCAAGAGCUUUUGGAGAGGGUCCUAGCUGCCCAUGCCUAUUGGUCGCAGCAUCAGACUAGGCAGCAGGUUAAUAAUAAUGUAAAAGAUUGAUCUUUGCAAUGUUUUGUAAAUGUGAGUUCGUGUAGUAUUCCCACAUUCACUUUAUUCACAAGCCCAACUCGCCUUUCCUUAUGAAGGGUUUAGUGAUCUGUACAUGAUUUAUUGAAGAAAUGGCAGCACGCUUAAGAGAA